AUGCUGGUACGAACAUUGAAGAAUUCUCUCCAAUCGAUCAAUAGAAGUCCAUUGGACUUUUCAACCGAUAUUCUCAUUAUUGGGGGUUCUUACGCGGGACUUUCUGCUUUAGUUGCAUUAAAAAACCAUUUCAUCGAAAGAGCCAGUCCACAAAAGCUCAAAGUCACCAUGAUUGAGCCGAGAGCCGGGCUUUUGAACAUUUUGGGCAUUCCUCGUUCCAUUGUUGACACAGAGUUUGCAAAGACCCAAUAUAUUCAAUUUCAGAACCUAAAUGAUAUUCGAUUCGAUUGUUUGGUUUCAAAUGACAAAUAUGUUCUUGAAAAUCUCGGUCAACACAUUUCGCCCAACAACAACAACUUCAUUGAGAUUACAUUUGUCCAGGGUGUUGUGACGGGGUUUAAUGAAUCCCGGGCUGAGUAUCACUUAAACGGAGACAGCAGAAAUAUUUGCAAGAUAGAUUAUGAUUAUGUUGUCGCCGCUUGUGGAAGAAAUAGAAGCUGGCCUACGUCACCCGUAGCCUACAACUACGAGAGCUACAUGAAAGAAAUGGUAGAGUUCAACGAAAAUGUUGAAAAGUGCAAUAUUGUUACAGUUGUUGGAGCAGGUGCCGUGGGAAUCGAAAUCGCCGGAGAUGUCAAAACAAAAUAUCCUGAAAAAGUGGUCAACCUAAUCCAUCCCCAUGACUCCUUUCCACCGGAGCCGUUAACCGAAAAAUUUAGAGAGGCAAUUCGAGACUCUCUCGAAAGAGCAAAGGUGAAUGUUAUGACUGGGUUGAGAGUGAAGAAGACUGGGGACCUCAAACGUAUCGAAUUUACCACCGGUGGGUCCAUUAAAACUGACUUCACAUAUUGGUGCACGUCAUUCCAGAACAACACCAAUAUCUUUGCCGAUUCAUUUGAGAGUUUUGUGUCUCCCAAAAACAAUAUCUACGUUAAUGAGUACCUUCAGCUCUUCCAUCCUGAGAAUCAUCACCUUGUGAAGAAUGUUUUUUGCAUCGGUGACUUGGUGGAAGUUCCCAUCAUCAAGUCCGCCGGUUGGGCUCUUUAUAUGGGACGACAGGUUGCUAACAAUUUAACCUCCUUGAUCUUCGACGAUCAUCUCAUUGAGGCAUUUCCAGAUCUCACGCAAAUGCCCAGGGGAAUGGUUCUUGUUGCUGGAAAUGGCGAAAUUGUCUCGGAGUUAACGGGAGAGGUGGAGGUCAACCACCAGGGAUAUGUCGAGGAGUACAAGGAUUAUUGCAUUGGAAAAAUUAGGGCGACGCUAGGAGCAUAG